AUGGACCGCCGCCGCACCCCCGGCCUCUCGUCCCUCUCGUCGACACGCCUGCAAUCGCACCACUACACAACCCACGGCGCCACCCUCCGCAGCCGCAAUGCGCAGUCCCUCGAGACGCAGCUCUCCGUCUUCCAGUCCCUCGUGCACAACUUCGCCCUGACCCACAGCAAAGACAUACGCGCGAACCCCGCCUUCCGCGCAGAAUUCGCCCGCAUGUGCACAGCGCUGAACAUCGACUUCCUCGCCUCCUCCUACCACAGAGACGGCAAGGACGGCAAAGCCAGCAAUGGCGGGACGAAAGCCAGCAAGGCAGGAGGUGGAGGCGAGAGCAUAUGGGCGAGUCUGCUAGGCGGCAGCGUGCACGACUUCUACUUCAACCUCGGCGUAACCAUAGUCGACAUCUGCCGGUCCACGCGCGCCGAGAACGGCGGCCUGAUCUCGCUCGGCGAUCUGAAGACGCAUAUUUCGCGUGGCCGCGCAAUAGGCAGCGCCAUGACGGUCAGCGACGACGACAUCACGCAGGCGGUCAAGGCGCUGGAGCCGCUGGGGAGCUGUUUCGGCAUCGUCAAGAUUGGACAUCGCAGUCUGAUUCGCAGCGUGCCCAAGGAACUCAAUACGGAUCAGAGCACCGUGCUCGAGGUCGUGCAGGUGCUGGGGUACGUGACGGUGUCGAUGCUGCAGCUGAAUCUGGGCUGGGGCCGGCCGAGGGCGGUCGCCGUGGUUGAGGAUCUCAUGGCGGAUAGUCUGGUGUGGGUCGAUUGUCAGGCGGGCGAGAACGAGUACUGGAGUCCUGCGUUUAUCACGGGCGGGGGGUUGAAGUGA